AUGUCUACUCAACCGCCAAUGCCUGCAGAAAAGGCGGAAAAGCAACAAGCAACAACGUCUCCUGCCGAUGAAUCAUCGGUAUCUCAAAAUGCCGACUUCGACUAUUCAGAAGGGGCUUCAUCAGAAGAGGGCAAGAAGCAUCUCACGCGCAAAUUAGAUGCCCGUCUUAUCCCAACCAUGAUGAUGAUGUAUUUGUUGAGUUUCCUUGAUCGAGUCAACAUCGGUAAUGCUAGACUAUAUGGUCUAGAGGAAGACCUGGGUCUCACGAGUAACCAGUAUCAAGUCUGCGUUUCAAUAUUGUUUGUCACUUAUUGUCUUUUCGAAGUACCCUCCAAUCUAGUGCUGAAGAAAAUCCGACCCCACAGAUAUCUCGCCGGGCUCUGCUUUGCCUGGGGCAUUCUCGCCACCCUCACAGGCAUCGUUCAGGGCUACCACGGCCUCAUUGCCAUCCGCCUCGUACUCGGCGUCGUCGAAGCCGGGCUGUUCCCCGGCAUGGUCAUGUAUCUCACCAUGUUCUAUCCGCGCAACCAACUCGCGGUGAGAAUCGGCUAUCUCUUCAUCGCGUCUGCCAUUGCGGGGGCCGUCGGCGGCAUGAUUGCCUAUGGCAUCGGCUUCAUGGACGACCUGGCGGGCUUGAGAGCAUGGAGAUGGUUGAUGAUCCUCGAAGGCAUCCCAUCUGUUUUGCUAAGCAUAGUCGUGUAUUUGAUCUUGCCGGCGAGCCUCGCGGAAGCGCGUUUUCUGACUCCUCAGGAGCGCGAUCAAAUUGUCCAUGAGCGCCAUGAAGAAAUCGGUCAGACCUUCGAGUCGGAAAAGUUUCACUGGAAGGACGUUGUUGAGGGUAUUCUGGACUGGCAUGUAUGGGUAUUCAGUUUGGCGGGCUUCACAAAUGAUAUCAUGUUUUAUGGCUUCAGCACAUUCCUACCAACAAUCAUCAGCAGUUUAGGAACCUGGUCAACGGUCGAAUCUCAAGCGCUCACAGUCCCCGUGUAUGCGCUCGGAACUGGCGUCUACAUUGCCAUCGCCAGCUUCAGCGACAAGAAACAGCGCCGUGGAAUCUACGCGGCCGCAUUUGGCUGCAUCACCUUGAUUGGGUACAUCAUGCUCGCGGUCAACAAGGGCCCCGCUGUCAGCUAUACGGGCACCUUUGUCGUUGCUGCUGGGCUCUAUGUCAUGGUCGGACUCCCCCUGGCCUGGCUUCCUGGGAACAAGCCGCGGUACGCAAAGCGAGCUCUUGCCACGGGUAUGCAGUAUACCAUUGGUAAUACUGCCGGUAUUGCCAUGCCGUGGCUCUUUCGGAAAGAGGAUGCGCCCAAAUUCAGAACUGGAUACAACGUUUCUAUUGCAGCAACCUGCACGUCUAUUUUCAUUUUCCUGUUCAUGUCCUGGUACUAUCGCAGGGUAAACAAGAGAAGGGCAGAAGGCUUGGAAGACUGGAAGCUCGAGGGAAAGACUGAAGCGGAAAUUCAGGAACUUGGUGAUUGGUCUCCGCGAUACGUAUAUUCUACUUGA